AUGAUCGGGACGAGAUCGUUGGAGCUACAGUAUCCUGGGUAUGGAGCGACGAAUCCGAUUGGCUUGGCGGUGGUGGCGGCGGUGCUAGUCUUCAAGGCAGAGUCGAUGAGGCGAGUGGUAACUUUUCCUGGAAUUUUAAAACUGGUUACUGUCUAUAACUCUGAAAUUCCGGAACUUACCAUUGAGGUUAGUGGUAUGCUCGUAGAUUCUUCUCAGCUUUGGACACUCGGCGGUGGUACACGAAACAGUGUCAGCAGCAUAAUCAUCCUCAUAAAGGUAUCCAAUAGACUCGGCGGCUGUCUUGAAAUUGUCUACUUGAACUUGAUCGUAACUAUCCUUGACAUAGUAGGUGAAGAUCUUGUCAUUGCCGGCUUUGUUGGUGAAGGUCUCAAUCUUGAUCCGAUUGACAUAGAGUCCCGAGUCCUCUUGGGCGGCACAGAGUGCGAGGAGUCCAAAGAAUGGAAGGAGUUGGAAGAAACGAGUCAUUUCUGA